AUGCAACCAGGAUUUCAACCAGGAAUGCAUCCAGGAUUUCAACCAGGAAUGCAUCCAGGAAUGCAACCAGGAUUUAAACCUGGAAUGCAACCAGUAAUGCAACCAGUAAUGCAACCAGGAAUGCAACCAGGAAUGCAGCCAGGAAUGCAGCCAGGAAUGCAACCAGGAAUGCAUCCGGGAAUGCAUCCGGGAAUGCAUCCGGGAAUGCAACCAGGAAUGCAUCCAGGAAUGCAACCAGGAAUGCAUCCAGGAAUGCAUCCAGGAAUGCAACCAGGAAUGCAUCCAGGAAUGCAACCAGGAAUGCAACCAGGAAAUAAAAAUAAAAAUCAACAUGGAAAAGACCCCAAAAAAGCAAAUAUAGACAAAACUCAACAAGAUAAAGGAAGUAAGAAGAAAUCCUCAAAAAUACCUAUCAUUUCAGGGAUAAUUGAUCGUAUUAAAAAAGCUGAUGCCAACUUUCAAGAACGAUUAGUAGAAAUAGUGAAAGAAGAAAAGGAAAAGGAUGCUACAUUUAAUGAAAAGUCACCUAAAUUAAGUAAUAAGAAUGUGUUUAAAGUCCUUUCUCCAAUUUGCGGAACAGCGCUACUUUCUUUUAUCUUCAUGCUUACAGGUGAAUCAAUGUAUACAAUUCCCAUAGCAAUAGUAUUAAUAUUUUCAUCAAUAAUAUACGUUACACGUAGAUACAAAAAAGCUCUUCUUCUUUUAAGCAAUGAAAAAAAGGGAGGGAAAGCGAGACCGAAUAAGGAAGCUAAAGCGAUGCCGAAAAAAGAAGUGAAAGCGAUGCCUAAAAAGGAUGAUAAACGGGCACCUACGUGGGAGCAGAUAAAGUCAGCAAACAGGGAGGGGAAAAUGGCACCUCCAUUGGAACCGAUGAAAGCACCAAAAAGGGAAGAUAAUAUGUCACCAAGAAGGGAAGAGAAAAUGUCACCAAGAAGGGAAGAGAAAUCGUCAUCUAGAUGGGAAGAGAAAUCGUCAUCUAGAUGGGAAGAGAAACCGUCAUCUAGAUGGGAAGAGAAACCGUCAUCUAGAUGGGAAGAGAAAAUGUCACCUAAAUGGGAAGAGAAAAUGUCACCUAAAUGGGAAGAAAAACCGUCAUCUAGAUGGGAAGAGAAUAUGUCAUCAAGAAGGGAAGAAAAAAUAUCAGCUAGAUGGGAAGAGAAAAUGUCACCUAAAUGGGAAGAGAAACCGUCAUCUAGAUGGGAAGAGAAAAAGUCACCUAAAUGGGAAGAAAAACCGUCAGCUAGAUGGGAAGAGAGAAUGUCAUCUAGAUGGGAAGAGGACUCCUAUACAAGCCAAGACAAUUAUUAUCAUAAGAGAAGAUAA